CGUGUUAUUUAGCUGUGCCCAAACAGAGUGUGCAUUUUGAAUAGAUUGAUUAUUGGAGAUUCACCAUGAAGCUCAAUGGUACACUGAGUGGAGAUCAGAUUGAUGUUCUCUCCACUGUGUACUUGGCGUUACUUACUCCCAGCGUGAUUGGGAGUUUUUCUGUCCUGGUGGUUUCCUUAGUGAGAUGGAGGCACCUAAAAGAACAGGUGCACCUCCUGGUGCAGCUCGCCCUGGCAGACCUCCUGGCUGCUCUGAUCCUGAUGUCCACCAGUGUCAUGAACAAAGUGGGCACUGACAACAACAUAGCCAUCUGCCAAUACAGCCUGCCGCUGUCACUGACAUUUUAUUUAAUUUCAUUUCUGCUUGUGGUGGUUUACGCAUGGAAGUCAAAGAAUGCAAUCCAUGGGUGGAGAGCAAGUCCCACAGAGGAUGAGGGGGUGCAGUCUGGUUUACAGAGUCGGUGUAGAAGGAAAAUAGUCGGUAUACUUGUAUAUGUCAUUGUUUGGUUGAUGCCCAUUGCAAUGUACUUAGCAUAUGUGCUCACUCCCUUCAUAAAAUCUAGCCCGCUGAUUCCGGUCACUGACAGCUCACUUAUUGUCCUUAAUGAUACCAAAUACUGCACCAGUUGUAUUUUGUUUUUGCAUGUCUGGAGGGAUUCCUGCUCUGAUGCUGAAAGAAUUCAUGACACUUUCAUCAGAGUUUUUCUUUUCCUCAUUGUGAUACCAGUGAUACUGUCUUGCUCUGUCAUUUACUAUAAGGUUGGUAAAUGGUAUGAAAGACAUGAGCAGGAAGGUCUAUUUCCUGUGGAGGGAGAUGGACGUUCAAGAAGGAGAUUCAAAAUAGUGUUUUCUACAGCAAGAAAUAUGGUGAUAGUCAUCUUAUUCUGCUGGACACCAGCUCUUUUCCUCAUUCUACUGUCUAUCCUGAUGAUCUGGACAAACAUUGAACAACGCAGCCUAUUUGGCCUUUAUAUGGUACAGGCUGCAAGUGUGUCCCUGCAAGGCUUCCUGAACAGUAUGGUUUACGCUUGGAGACGGCCCAACUUCACGGAGGCCGUUCUUGGGGAGAAUACCCCCCUGGUGGCACAGCAACGCCUGGCCUUCUUUGAAGAAUCACUGAGUAGCUCAACGUGCUGAGAGACAUUUGUUGUGCUGCGGAAACAAUAUACUGGCCUGAGGCAGACUGACCCCACGCCUGCACACUUCAUGACUUCAUGUCAAUCUAGACUGAAACACAAACUGAUCUCAUUUGUGAGCUGAGGAUGAAAAUAAAUUGAAGAAAAAGAUGAAGGACACACAAAGACUCUUUUUAAAAAACAACAACAACUGAUUUUUUUCAUGAAUCGAGCAACGUAUGGUAGCAUAUUGUUUUGUAUAAAUGGGGACAAAAAGGACUUCUGGAUGAAUUGUAGAAUUGUGUUGUAUUUAUAUAUGUGCUAUUAAUGUACUGUUUUAUUCAGAUUUAAAAGAUGCCAUUAGGAAUUAUGGAUAUAGUUAUUUUGUCAUAUUUGUAUUUAUAAGGUACUUUUUGACCAAGUGGCAAUAAUUGACUUGUUAUGCAACAGUCCCUCUGUAGUUCAAGACAAGAAUCAUGAAAAACCUGUUAGGGUUGUAUAAUCUGCAUUCCCCGCCGUGUCAUUUCAGAAGCAUGUGUCGCUUAUACAUUAGAGUUCAA